AGGCGGAAAGAAUCGGAUGCGGAUGGGAUUGAAGCCGACGCCGCUCCAUCAGAUGGGGACGGUACUCAUGGACCCUCGCAAGCAGCUAGAUGCUCCUUAGUUCAAUCAGUCAACAGAAGGAUUCCGCCAGCGCAGGUAGCUUCAACAUUAUGUUCUAUCUGUACCCUCGCAAGUCGCACCGUCCUGGAAAGAUACCAAGGAUCCGAGGAAGGAAGCAAUUCUAUUCUUGCCGUGCUAAAAUGGAAAAGAACCCAUGGGCUGUGCAUUUCCAGCCGAAAAGCAAGACAACCUCUUUUCUACCGUCCAAGCUAAUUGAGGAGAGUUUGCAGAAAUUUAUUCAUGUCAAUAGUAAUUCUGCCAUGCCCACCUUAUGUGGGAACAAAUAUAGCAUGCUCUUUGUGUGGGAACAUAGGUAGCAUUUUCUUCUUCGCGUGGGAACAGAGGUAGCAUUUUUCUUAUUUGCGUGUGAGUGUUGAUGACUAUCUUAUAUCAUAUUCUCUCUGUCGGGUUGGGUCGUUUUGUAUCUAUAAGUAAAGUACCCCACCAUAGAUAGAUAGACAGAUUGUCUGCAAAGCCAGCCCCUUCAAUUCAAUAACCCAGCUAGUUGCUCUACCUAGAGCAAGGGAUUCAUGUCUACCUCUCCAAUUGAUUCAAGUAGCUCAACUCAAGCGAGCGAACCCUACAACUGAUGGCGGGGGUUCUGGAUGCUUUGGCAUCCUACGUGAUCAACAUGCUCACCGAGAUGGCCAGAGAAGAGGUUGCUAUGCUGAUCGGGGUUUCCAGCGAGAUUGACAAUCUAGGCGUCAAGCUCGGGGACCUCAAGAAGUUUCUUGCAGAUGCUGACAGGAGGAACAUCACCGACGAGAGCGUGCAGGGUUGGGUGGAGGAGCUUAAGCAUGCCAUGUACCACUCUACUGACAUCAUCGACCUAUGUCAGCUCAAAGCCAUGGAGCAAGGCCCAUCCAAGGACAUGGGGUGUCUUAACUGCCUGCUAUUCUGCAUGCGGAAUCCCCUCCAUGCCCACGAAAUCGCCAGCCGCAUCAAAAUGCUCAACAAGAAGCUUGAUGACAUCUUCAAAAGGGGUGGUAAUUUCAAUUUUAUCAAGUUGGAAUCCUAUCAAGACCGGAAGACGACGCACCUUCCUAUUGUUGAUCGCAAGACUCAUCCUUUGCUGGAAUGGUUGGGCGUUGUUGGGGAGAAGAUUGAAGAAGACACAAGGGUGCUUGUGGAGAUGCUCACAAAGGUGGUAGCGGACAACAGUGACAAUAUCAUGGUGGUCGCCAUUGUUGGUGUCGGGGGGAUCGGCAAGACCACCCUCAGUAAGAAUGUCUUCAAUGAUGAGGCCAUCCAAGGCAAGUUCUCAAAAAAGAUAUGGUUAAGCGUCACACAGGAGUUCAGCGAGGUUGACUUGUUGAGGACGGCCAUCACUGCUGCUGGUGGAAAACUUCCUGGGCCUGGGGGCAGGUCUCAAGAUAAAGCAUUGCUUGUACCUAUUCUUGCCAGCACCAUCAAGGACAAGAAAUUCUUUCUUGUACUGGAUGACAUGUGGGGGGAUAACGAGUGGAACAAUCUGCUAAAGGUUCCAUUCAGCUAUGGUGCCCAUGGAAGCCGAGUCCUAGUCACCACACGGCAUGACACUGUUGCCCGAGGCAUGAAAGCCAUGCAGCCCUACAACCACAUUGAUAAAUUAGGUUCCGAAGAUGCAUGGUUAUUGCUCAAGAAGCAGGUACUCACAAAUGAGAAAAGUGAACUUGAGAUCGAUAUGCUAAAGGAUAUCGGGUUGCAAAUUAUACAAAAAUGUGAUGGGCUGCCGCUUGCCAUAAAAGUGAUGGGAGGACUAUUGUGCCAGAAGGAGAAAGAACGAUGUGAUUGGGAAAAGGUUCAAAGUGAUUAUAUAUGGUCAGUAUCUCGAAUGCCGGAAGAGCUAAACUAUGCAAUAUAUCUUAGCUAUGAGGACUUGUCCCCUUGUUUAAAACAAUGCUUUCUGCACUUCUCUCUCAAGCCUAAAAAGAUAAUUGCAGGUGUCAAUCAGAUUGUUGGCAUGUGGAUUAGUGAAGGAUUUGUUCAUGGAAACUCUGAUAGAUUAGAAGAAUUGGGACGUGAGUACUAUAAAGAGCUAAUACUGAGGAACCUUAUAGAGCCGGAUAAUAACAAACCUGGCCAAUAUGUUAGCCACAUGCAUGAAGUUGUUCGUUCAUUUGCACUAUUUGUUGCUAGAAAUGAAGCACUAGUAUCUCAUAAUGGAGAAACUGAUACCAGAAAACUUACAUCUCAAAAGUUUCUUAGGUUAUCUAUAGAGACCAAAGGAGUGGAAUCAGAUGGAUUUGAGUGUAGAAUUUUAAGAGAGCAGAAAUCACUACGAACAUUAAUACUAAAGGGAAAUUUAAAGAUUCAGUCCGGUGAUUCCUUGAUAACUUUUUCAAGUCUACGGGUGCUACAUAUACAAUCCACAAAUUGUGCUACACUGUUUGAGUCUGUGUAUCAGCUCAGACACUUGAGGUAUUUGGCAGUAGAAAAAUGCAAUGAUAUAAACAGCCUGCCAGAGAACAUGGACAAGAUGCAAUUCUUACAGUAUUUGAGCUUUUUUGAUUGUCGGAAUCUUUUGGAACUUCCCAAUAGCAUUGUGAAGCUACAUGAACUUAGAUAUCUUGGACUUGAAGGCAUAGGUGCAAUUAGUGUGCCUAGGGGUUUAUGUGCCCUAAAAGAUUUGAGGGUAAUAUAUGGGUUUCCAGCCCACACAUCUGGAGAUUGGUGUAGUUUGGAAGAGCUCGGGCCUCUUUCCCUGCUUAGGGAUAUUGUAUUAGAGGGCCUUGAGAAUGUAUCUACUAGCUUGUCUGCCACAAAAGCCAUGCUUGGGGCAAAGGUACAUCUUUCCUUCUUGGGCUUAUAUUGCACUAGUAUACUGGACGAUGAUGGAUUGGUCAAAGAAGGAGUCUGUGACAAGGAUCUACAUAUAAUUGAGGAGGUGUUUGAUGAGCUCUAUCCUCCACCUUGCAUAGAAGAUGUUCGGAUCAGAGGAUAUUUUGGGUGUCAGCUGCCAAGAUGGAUAAUGUCUAGAUCAACGACACCCCUCAAUAGCUUGAAGAUACUAAUGAUGGAAGACUUGGCUUUCUGCACUGAGCUUCCUGAUGGCUUGAGCCAGCUCCCAUGUUUGAAGUUCCUAAAGGUCAAUCGAGCUCCAGCGAUCAAGCGUGUUGGGCCUGAAUUCGUGCAGCCCCACAGUCACCAUCACCAUCUUUCAUCCCAGACUCUGACUGCAUUUCCGAGAUUGCAUGAGUUGAUCUUAGAUAAAAUGGUGGAAUGGCAGGAGUGGUUGUGGGAGGAGGAAAUGAGAGCUAUGCCUGUCUUGGAGGAGUUUUAUCUUAGAAAUUGCAAAUUGAGGUGUAUCCCUCCUGGUCUUGCCUCCCAUGCAUUGGCUUUGAAAAAAUUGACCAUACAGAGCAUCCAGCACCUCAACUCUCUAGACAACUUUGCUUCCGUUGUUGAUCUUAAUAUGCAAGGCAAUCCUGACCUGACUAGGAUCUGCAAUUUCCCCAAGUUGCAAAAUCUUCAUAUCAGCUACUGCCCAAAGCUUGAGUUGCUCCACGAGGUGACUACACUCCGGAGACUCGUGCUGACUCUUAUCUACAGCGAGAAACGACUCCCGUUGUACCUGCAAACUAUAAAGCCGAGAAAUUUGCUGCUGGACUGCAGUCCUGAGUUAUUGGCUUGCUUGGCUGCGGGAAAAUCUGGCCCUGAGUGGGACAAAUUCAAUCAUAUCCAACAUGUCGAGGCUUAUGCACAUGAUGGAUGCAUUGAAAAGAGAUGGCAUGUAUUUUACACAAGGGAACCUUACAGCAUGGAAACAAACCUCGAUCUGCAGGUGUGUUCAGAGUCUAAACGUGUACUGCCCUAGUUAUCUCCUCUGAUCCUAUCAGGUGAUAAAGAUGAGGGGUAUAGACAACCAUGACAAAAGUGAAGAAGUGCAUAUGGGCCAUGAUACCGUCGUAACUCGAGAAGAGGAAUGUGGACUAGCAAAUUAAGGAUGCACGGACGUGGAUCCAAGAACAAUGUUACCUUGCUCCGUUCCCUGUGGUUGGCUGAACUAGUUAUGUAUCGUUCUCUUUUCUUGUUUGUUUGUAGUAGCCGUGUUUUGGAAUUUUAGGCUGUAUAUGGUCUCCUGCUGGGAAACUGUGUUGUACUGAAUCUGCUGAUAUGCAAAAUUCUGGUUACCAGACACUUGGAACUGCUGAGCUUUGCCUCGAAACUGUUGAUAUCCAAAGUUCCUGAAUUGCAA